CUCGAUUAUCUGCUAAAAGGAAAAAGGGAUUGAUUCCCAUCACGUGGGUUCAAUAAGACGGAUGAAACAGCACCUGCGACAAUCAUCCACCGCCCUUACUUGCUAAUAAUAUUAACUCUUCUAUGACCUUGAAACGCCCAUGCGUCUUCCUUCCCCCUGUGCGACAACUAAAAAGAACGAACAAAGCCUCCGACUUGUCUCGAUUACUGGAGACCAUCCCGCUGCACAUAUGCUCCGGUAAUGGGCGCUUACUGAAGCAGCUUUAUGCCUUUACUCGAUCAUACGCUCUCCAUUUCUUUUCUUCCACUGCAUUCGGUUGGUUAUUUACCCCGGGCGCUUUUCUCACACAGCCUCUCCAUGAUGCCUCGUUGAGAUCUGCUGAACCCCUUGACAUUCAUCAGUAAGAACAUUUUGAUUUGCUACUCGCCCUCUUAUACUUUACUGCCUGCUCUUGUCACUUUCCUGGGUAGGCCACCAUUUGCUAUUUAUGGAGGCUUAUUCUCUCUAGUUCGCCCAGAUGUGUCGAUAUAUGUGCGCUUUAAA